AAGGAUGAAUUUACUCGCCGUCAAAAAAAUAAAGAUAGUGAUGAUGAUUCAGCAAAUGAAGAGAUCAAGAUGCCAAUUUCAAAAUCUCGCUACGCUGAGAGAAAUCGACGAGAGACGUCAGAUGAUGAAAAUGGCAAUGACGAUAACGAUUAUGAUGACAAUAUUAGCGACUCUCAGGUCAAGAAUUAUCAUUAUCAUGAAGAUGUCAUUCCAUCUACAUCAGGACACAAUCGUAUUGAUAAGGAAAAGGAAUUUGAAUCUAAUUAUAGAGAACAAAAGGAUGAAUUUACUCGUCGACAUAAUCGUAUUGAUAAGAAAAAGGAAUUUGAAUCUGAUUAUAGAGAACAAAAGGAUGAAUUUACUCGUCGUCUAA